AUGAAGCAGAGCCUGAGCAAGACGAGUGAAAGUAUCUUGCACCAUGAGGAGAAAGUCAAAAGGAACUCUAGUUUGGCUUGCAUCACACCUGAUCCGGAACGAUUCGGAACUUUGGAAAAGCUACGGGCGGUACAAAAGCGAAUUCUAAACUUUUUGCAAGGCAUAUGUAAGAGGCCUUGCGGAGAACAACUGAGGAACAUUUUGGCUAUAAACCGCGAUGUGGAAACCGAUGCAGUUUUUAUUCGUGCAUGCCAAGAAGAGGAGUUUCCAGAAGAGAUCAGAUGCUUAAACCAAGGACAUGGCAUAACAAAUAGGAAAAGUAAGCUAUUUAAGUGCACUCCUUACCUGGACGAGUUAGGAGUGCUACGUAUCAAAGGACGAAUCGACAAAAUUGAAGGCGUAGAUAUGGACACUAAACGACCCAUUAUACUACCGCAAAAGCAUAGAGUAAUGUUUCUGAUUGUGGAGUACUAUCACAGGAAGAAUGACCAUUUGCCCAAUGAAAUUGUCGUUAACGAGGUACGACAGCGGUACUGGAUGACCGGCUUACGCGCUUUAGUGAGAAAAGUCGCGAACGCCUGUGUAGCGUGCCGUAUACGAGUGGCCCGACCAGUGCCACCAAAGAUGGGCGAUUUACCAAAGCAGAGGUUAUCGCCGCACACACAACCAUUCACCUUUACUGGAGUGGACUGCUUCGGCCCAUUUGAAGUCGCAGUGGGCCCCAGGCACGAGAAGAGAUGGCGCGUGUUAUUCACAUGCCUUACGACCCGAACGGUACAUCUAGAAAUUGCUACAUCACUGUCAACCGACUCAUUUCUCUGCGUAUUGAAGGCGUUUGUAGCCAGAAGAGGGGUGCCGCGCUGCAUACUAUCGGACAAUGGUACAAAUUUUAGAGGAGUCAGCCGCGUAUUGAAGGAGCACAUAGAACGGAUAUCAACUUUAGCUGUGGAGCAACAGUAUCCAACGUUGGAGUUUAAGUUUAAUCCUCCCAUUUCACCGCACAUGGGCGGCGUUUGGGAGCGUCUGGUACUCCGCUACGGUAUUGGUCCUAUUUGGGCCCUCACCAUCCCCAAUCUUCUCCACUGA